GUCGAGGUUGGGCAAGUAAAAAGGCAUCGACAGAGGCGAAGCUCAGAAACACUGCAACAUCUUGACCCUCGUUAGAGUUUCUGCACUGAAACAACCCCCAACCCCUCCGCCGCCGUUAUCCCAGGUUGAAGGGGAAGACAUGAAUGCUUUCAAGGCUUUUAAAACCAAUGUUCCAAUUGCAUGGAGCCCUAAUAUUUAUAUAACUUUGGUGAGGGGAAUCCCAGGAACCAGGAGGCUUCACAGGCGCACUUUAGAGGCACUACACCUUGGCAAAUGCAACCGAACUGUCAUGCGAUGGAAUACUCCUACUGUUAGGGGAAUGAUCCAACAGGUCAAGAGAUUGGUUGUGGUUGAGACAGAAGAAAUGUAUAAAGCCCGGAAACAAAAGGUUGCAGACCACCGAGCUCCUCGCCCCCCAUUGAUUAUAAAUCACCUCCCUGCUUCUGCAAAUGCCUCUUCUUCAUAGCCUAUGUAAUUGAUUAGAGGUCAGCUCUCGGUUUCUUAGAUGUGGGUCUCUUAAGUGUGGAGAUGAAUUCUCCAGUAGUGAAUUUUGUUAUAAGCUACCAAAGCUGGAUUCAGUUGUUUUCAAUAUGUCGACGUGUGGUGUUCAGUCUGAAAUUUAGCACUACUUCUGAACUAGGUGAAAACAUUGAAAUGGGUAAUCUUGCAAUUAAAUAGGCCUUCUAUUUACAUAUGCAAUAUUAUUGAAGGUUUGAUUUGGUGAAUGUUUAAUUUUGAGACGAGCAAACUACCAAUUUAUG